CAACACGGCAAGAGACAAACAAACAAAGUAUGUGUAGGGCACAGAAAAGUUGAAAUAGGUUUGAGAUGUUCACACCCCGCAAGUGCGGUGUUAAGUACGAACCUCCAACGCUGGUAGUUUACUAUGAGGUCAAUCUUUCAGGAAAAAUACGCAAGAGAUCAAUGCCAUUAAGGAAGUUAAGUAAAGAUUCAAGUAUAUCAGAAGUGGUGAAUGAUUUAAAGGAAAGCUCAAAGCAUGCUAAAUAUUUAGAAAACAUCUCAGCCAAACAGCUUGAGAAUCUGCUCACAAGAAUCCAGAACAACAUGGAAGGGAUUGAUACUUUGCCAUUUUUAAACCCAUCGACUAAAAACACUGACCAUGAUGAAGACCUUAAUAAACUGGAUGACUAUGAACUUGAUAAGAGAAAAGCUGACAUGGAUAAAGAUUUUGAAAAGAACAGACUUAGACCUGGAGAUGAUGGUUUUGUAUAUGAUAAAGAGGUGGAUUUUACUGCAGGAAAAAUGGAAUCAGGAUGGGAUGAUGAAGAUGAAUAUUCUGAUCCAGAUUUCUAAGUUAUUGUUUUGUUAAAUUAUACACCAUUUCAAUUGUUUUUUAAUUUUUAACAGGAUGUCCUACUUUAUUAUUGGGUGCAUUUUCCCCUAAUAUUCCAUGGUGAAUUUUGUAUUUAUAAUAGUUGCAUUGCAGCAGGUACGCAAUGUUUAUCAUGAAUUUUGCCCUCUGAACGUGAAAAAAAAUUGUAAAUUUUUGAAAAUUUUGGGUUCCAAUAAGAUAUUCCCUCCCUUUAGCAUGUCCCCUUGCAAGAAAAGAGCAACAGAAAAAAAAUGGUCAGUAAUUAUUUGAGAUGAUGUGGUUUUAUCUUCUUUAAUUUUCGUACUUCUGCAUAGUGCCAUUCACCAGAAUGAUUGAAGCACUAAUAAAUAGAAUUACUCACUCACUUACAUACCUGCUUAUAUACUUGUUUACCCACUUAUCUACUUGUUUACUUUGAAUAACACAUUCCCCUGUGAAAUGCCACUAUGAUUUUCCAGUGAUAUUCCAGUGAUAUUUCCAGUUCCUCAAAAAUCGUGAUCACUUUAUAACUGACAAUGUAAUCUGACCUUCAAGUAGACCUUUCAAAUGAAUCUCUCAAAGAGUUUCGCGGAUUGUAAAGUGCAUGAUGGUGUCUACAAAUAGGUCAAGUUGGAGAAUUGCCCCCACCCCCCCCCCCUUCUCAUGUAAAGCCACACAGCUGUAAGAAGUUUGACUUUUUCAAGUGAAAUUCACUUUGUGGUUGAGAAUUAACCAAAUAGAUUGUCACAACUCACGAAUUGCAUUACACCAGACAAUUAUUAGAGUAACUGCUAUUACUCAACAGGGGAAAUAGAAAGGUACCAAUCUCUC